AUGGCGUCCCCGCCGGACACCAGCAAAACCACCAAGCUCGAGCGAUACAACACCUACAUACGCAAAGUCAACACCUCCAAGCUCUUAGCUGCCUCCUCUAAGCUUCUCUUUCGUCUCACACUUUUAGUCGCUCUCGUUCUCAUCUUCUUCUUCACCCUCAACUACCCUCCACUCUCCGAUUCCACCACCACCACCGCCUCCAACCACCGCGUACUCACCACCUCCCACCUCAUCUCCUCUGCUUUCUACGGUAGCGGCGCGUCCUGGGAAAAGCAAGUUCGCCGCUCAUCCACCCCACAUAGGCCAAAUGGAUUCUCUGUGCUCGUCACCGGCGCCGGAGGAUUCGUCGGAACUCACUGCUCCCUGGCGUUGAAGAAACGUGGAGACGGUGUUGUGGGUCUUGAUAACUUUAAUUCUUAUUAUGAUCCGUCGUUGAAACGAGCAAGACAGGAGGUUUUGAAGCAACAUGAUAUUUUUAUCGUCGAAGGUGAUUUAAACGACGGCGAGUUGUUAGCGAAGCUUUUCAACAUUGCGCCGUUUAGUCAUAUUCUUCAUCUGGCGGCGCAGGCGGGUGUUCGUUACGCUAUGCAAAAUCCUCAGUCAUACGUUAAAUCCAACAUUGCUGGAUUCGUGAAUCUCCUCGAAAUCGCGAAAAACGCCGAUCCACAGCCGUCGAUCGUUUGGGCGUCGUCGAGCUCGGUGUACGGACUCAACACCGAAAACCCAUUCUCGGAAUCUCACCGGACUGACCAACCGGCGAGUCUUUACGCCGCCACGAAAAAAGCCGGCGAGGAGAUUGCGCAUACUUACAACCAUAUCUACGGGCUUUCCAUCACCGGACUCCGUUUCUUCACCGUCUACGGCCCGUGGGGGCGGCCGGAUAUGGCUUAUUUCUUCUUCACGAAAGACAUUCUUCAAGGCAAACCGAUCAACGUUUACCAGACGCACGACGAGAAGGAGGUGGCGCGUGACUUCACGUAUAUUGAUGACAUCGUGAAAGGGUGCUUGGGAGCGUUGGACACAGCGGAGAAGAGUACCGGAAAAGGUGGGAAGAAGAGAGGGCCGGCGCAGUUAAGGAUAUAUAACCUGGGGAAUAAGUCGCCAGUGUCGGUGGGAAAACUGGUGUCGAUAUUAGAGAGUUUAUUGAACGUGAAGGCUAAGAAGCACGUGAUCAAGAUGCCUCGAAACGGUGACGUUCCGUAUACUCAUGCUAACGUGAGCCUGGCGUUCAGAGACUUCGGUUACAAGCCGACCACCGACUUGUCGACUGGCUUGAGAAAAUUCGUCAAAUGGUACGUUAGUUAUUACGGGAUCAAACCAAGGGUAAAAAUGGGAAUUACAGUUUUCCAUUCAAAUCCAAUCCGUUAA